AGAGCCUGCGCCUGGCCCCAUCCUGCCGGGCUGAGCCACUCGGAGCCCGAAGCCAGGAGCCUCCGGGAGACUCCGUGCGGUCGCCUGCUCCGCUCGCGCGUACGCCUUCUGCUCCAAUUGCUUUCCCAACUGAGCUGAAAAGCCGGGGGCGUGUUGCCGGGGCGCUGGGAAGCGGGCUGGCUCGGCACUGCCGCCUGAAGUCCGCGGGGUGCACCUUCCCGCCCAUGGGCCGUGCUGUCACCGACCCUGCAGGCCCCAGCCGGCCAGAGGGCACCCCAUACUGUCGUUACAGGGACACUGGGUUCCCUACAAGCUGCCCCAGGCUUAAUGAUUGUCCAGAGGUGGCUAUAAAGGGAGCCUGGGAGGCUGGGUGGAGGAGGGAGCCAGAAAAAGCCUAACUCAGCAGAUCUGGGCACCGAGAGAGCCACCGGCAGGAGCUGUGGUCAGAGGCUCCGUGUCGCUGCCAGUGGGGCCUGCUCCCUUCCACCAUGGCGGCCCGAGGCUACGGCUUUUACCGCGCUGUGAUCUUCUCGGCCAUGUUUGGAGGCUACAGCCUGUACUACUUCAACCGCAAGACCUUCUCCUUCGUCAUGCCGUCGUUGGUGGAGGAGAUCCCUCUGGACAAGGAUGACUUGGGGCUCAUCACUAGCAGCCAAUCGGCAGCCUAUGCCAUCAGCAAGUUUGUGAGUGGGGUACUGUCUGACCAGAUGAGUGCUCGCUGGCUCUUCUCUUUGGGGCUGCUUCUGGUUGGUGUGGUCAAUAUAGCGUUUUCCUGGAGCUCCAUGGUACCCGUCUUUGCUGCUCUGUGGUUCCUCAAUGGCCUGGCACAGGGGCUGGGCUGGCCUCCAUGUGGGAAGAUCCUGCGGAAGUGGUUCGAGCCAUCUCAGUUUGGCACUUGGUGGGCCAUUCUGUCCACGAGCAUGAACCUGGCUGGAGCGCUGGGCCCCAUCCUGGCGACCACCCUCGCCCAGAGCUACCACUGGCGCGGCACGCUGGCCCUGUCCGGGGCCCUCGGUGUGGUUGUCUCCUUCCUCUGCCUCCUGCUCAUCCACAACGAGCCUGCCGAUGUCGGACUCCGAAACUUGGACCCCACCCCCGCCAAGGGCAAGAAGGGCUCUUUGAAGGAGGAGAGUACAUUGCAGGAGCUGCUGCUAUCCCCCUACCUGUGGGUGCUCUCCACUGGCUACCUUGUGGUAUUUGGAGUAAAGACUUGCUGUACCGACUGGGGCCAGUUUUUCCUUAUCCAGGAGAAAGGACAUUCAGUCCUCGUGGGUAGCUCCUACAUGAGUGCGCUGGAGGUUGGGGGCCUUGUAGGCAGCAUUGCAGCUGGCUACCUGUCAGACCGGGCCAUGGCAAAGGGCUUGACAUUGCUGGGUCUGUAUCCACAGGCAGGGCUGUCCGUCUACGGGAACCCUCGCCACGGCCUGUUACUGUUCAUGAUGGCUGGCAUGACUGUGUCCGUGUACCUCUUCCGGGUAACUGUGAGCAGUGACUCCCCCAAGCUCUGGAUCCUGGUGUUGGGAGCUGUGUUUGGUUUCUCUUCUUACGGUCCCAUUGCCUUGUUCGGAGUUAUAGCCAAUGAGAGCGCCCCUCCCAACUUGUGCGGCACCUCCCACGCCAUUGUGGGACUCAUGGCCAAUGUGGGCGGCUUUCUGGCUGGGCUGCCCUUCAGCACCAUUGCCAAGCACUAUAGCUGGAGCACAGCCUUCUGGGUGGCUGAAGUGAUCUGUGCACUCAGCACAGCUGCCUUCUUUCUCCUGCGAAACAUCCGCACCAAGAUGGGCCGAGUGCCCAAGAAGGCUGAGUGAAGAGUACAGGCUCCAAUGCAUCCUCAACCACCUGUGGCCUUCCCCUGCACGGGGCUGGGGGGGAGAGCAGGGCAGAGAGAAAGAAAGGGGGGCUGCUCCGGUUAGCACUGAACCUUUGAUUUCCUCUUGUGCGCCUUUCCCCUUGCCCAGGUGGCGCUGGAAGUUACCAGUGGCUAAUGAGGUCCCAGCUCCCCAUCCUGUGUUCUAUUUAAAAGGCAACUUUUGUUCUUGGACUCCAUUAGCUCCUAUUUCCUGCCUUCAAACAGGAAACCCCUGCAGUCAGGAAGUCCCCUAAACCCUUCUUCCCCUCCUGGGCCCUCCC